AACAUUCGGAUUUGAUACCUUUUCCUUAGCAAACAAAAAGGAAGAUGGAUAUCAAGCUUGAGAUAUUAGCCUCAAGUAGCAUAAAGCGCAAUAAGCCAUGGCCUAAAAUACAGUGGCUUGGACAGGAGCGUGAGAGUUUGUUUAUGAUAGACAAUGAAUUCCACAGAACCAGUGUACUUUAUGUUCCAUCAGGAAAAACGAAGAAGAAAAUACCAAGAUUGACUACAUUGGUAGACAGCACAAAAUGUGUUGGGACAACCAGAGAUGGUGCAUAUUUGAUUGGAUUGACUCACCAUGGUGACAUAUUCUUCUGGCAUAAGGACAGAGACAUACUCAAGACCAUCCGUGGCCUUGCUGGAAUAGUUUCAUCAGAGGAACUUCACGAAGAGCCAUGUAAGCUGUUUGCCUCUGUUGACUGUCAGUAUUUUCUCCUGGUCAUUGGAACACAAAAUCUCUUUGUCUGGAGGACAGAACAGAGUGAAGACAUCUUGGAGUCCAAACUUCCUGAAGUGCAGGGGUCAUGGAGCAAAGUUGCAAUUCCAAAUAAUAUUGACAUUCCGCAAUCUUGUCAAGAAUGUGCUGAGUUUUCUAUUGAUGCUGUGUUUUUUCACCAUGAGAGCUUGGGGCACUGCUGUCAGAUGUCGGUGGUUUAUAAUAAAGAACAAAGCCUGUGUAUUAUUUCCCUCUUGCUACGGUUUGGUACAGCUGCUGAAUUCUACUCCAGCAAGUCAGCACCAUUCCAGGUGGAGUGGACAGUGAUACAGUAUCCUUUCAAACACAUCCAUCCCUCAUAUGAGCCUAUCCGGUCUAAAGGAGCUUAUGUGAAUUGCUAUGCUAACAAUGGUCAGGUAGUAGCUGUAGCAGCUAAUCAGAACACACCUGGCCACAGCAGCAUGUUAUUUGUUUCCCCUCUUACAGACACUGUCUUGGUGUCCGAGAUGAAGGGUUGUGGGGUCAGAGAUCGCUAUUCAAAGAUGGGCAGUAUGUACUGGCUGAAUGAGAUGACAUGGACAUGUGACGAUUUGUUUGUGGCCUGUAUGAUGAACAGUGGUGCAGUGUGCCUCCUCAGUCGACUGGGCGAGCCAGUGUACCUAAGGACUCUUGGACAGUCCAUAGAAUUAGGUCCUGCAUACUUCCUGCCUCUUCAUCCAUGUCAAUAUAUCAGUAAGAUUGAUGAUCCGCAGUCUUCACCCAUCCACCAGCCGAACACCAACACUGAUCCAAUGAGACAGCGAUUUUCUGUUUCCUCACAUCCCAGUCUUCCUAUAAUCCUUUUCUCUGAUGGCUUCAUGGUAACCAUCGCUCAGUUGCCGAUGGACAUGACUUGUCUGACUUUGAUGAGAGAUUUCGUCCUGUUCUCGUCCAAACAUUUAAAGGAUAUGGCUAACCAGGAGAACCUAGCCUUGACACUAGCAGAUGCCUAUGGAAUGCCAUCCUCUAGAGAGGAGAAAUCUGCUAGGUCAGUGAGAGAUAGAAAAAAGAUCCAAUUUGAAGUGCCGGAUGGAAACCUAAACACAACACAAGAGAGUGAGACAAGUUUCUUGGAUGAGCAGCAGGAUAUGUUUCAGGGACUUACAGCAGGAAAGAUUGCAUUUGCGGAGACUGAGCUAACUGUGAUAGAUCCAACAGACUUGUCUGGACUGGACCAACUCAGCACAAUGUCCAAACAACUAGAUAUUGCUGAAAGUUGUCUAUUUAGUGCCUGGAAGCUGGCGGUGUCUUAUCAUGAACCAUGGACAGUAGAUGCCGAAAGUGUAUCAAAAAUCAUUUGUAAAAACCUCAUAAAACUGUUUGCAGUGCUGUUAGAAUGUCCAGGUGUGGACAAGGUUUUAAUGGAGUAUCGUAAGGUUUCUCCAUCAGCCCAGAAUCCACGCCUCUCCACGCUCAUCAAUAUGUACAGGAAGUGUAUGGAACUGCUUCGCUUUGACAUCCUCAACCAACAUUUGAUGCCAGUUACACUCCGAUUUAGUCACCACACGCUAAACCUGGUGUUGAACAGUUCUGAACUACAGAAAACAGAUCCACGAUUAAAAACUUUGUCUGGAUGUUAUGCCCUGAUGAAGUUUUCUGAGACAAUUCUGAACCGUGUCUAUGUUUGGGUGCCAAAGGAUGUUGUGUACAGUGGUCUGCCACCAGAGUCAAGGAAUGAACAAAAACACACAUAUGAACCUGCCAUCUUGGUGAAGUCACAACUAUCCCCGCGCUCAGCUUCCAAGGAGAUCCAAACUAAGAUUCAACAAGAAAGGACUAGGGGUGUGGUUCUUGACCAGCAGUCACAACUCCCCAGCAGAAGGUUGUGUGCAAGCUGGAAGCUGCUAUAUAAGUCUAUGGUACAGCACCACACACAGCUUCAGGGUAUGGAUGGACAGCAGAAACAGGCAGAGCAGCUUGGUGGACUAAUGUACACCAUUCAACAGACUAUUCAGCAAGUGGAUGGAGGAGUUUCAAAACUCCCUUCCCCAAGGAUCAAUAAGGGUGAUAGACUGAGUAUGGAUGGUGAACACACCAUGGCUAUAGAGUCAUGGAUAACACAACUUUCAAAGAUGUCAGACCACCCUGAGGAUGUCCAGAAGAUGAGUCGAAUCCUGCACUCUGUUUUGUAUACAUAUAUCAUUAAGGGACAACUAGCCAGAGGUCUGGACUUUGUGGACAGUCUGGUAAUCCAGGCCAAAGUUAGUACCUAUGUCUCUGAGCAGGAUGACCGCUCCCUCAUGAUGACCAUUGUCAGCCACUCUCUCAAAAAAUCCUUAAAUGGAAACCAGAUGGUGCCUUGUAUACGUAAUCGUUGCAUCAGACAGCUAGUGCAGACCAUGGCCAGGUUCAUGGCGGCCUACUUCAGUAACCAAACCAUCUAUGUCUUCCCUCCACAUAACCCUCAGUCCCUGCCUGUCAUACACAUGGGACCAGUACAAAUCAGUAACAGAAUCCUUCCCAAGUACCAUGAGGAUAUCACUAACUUGGUGAGACAGGAAGGACUGAGUCAGCAGUGGACCACAGAGCGUGUGGUGGAGUACCUCCUACUCAGUGGCCUUGUUUGUGAGUCUGUCUGGUUUGCUGACAAGAUGGGGGAUUGGAAGGCAGCUUUCCUUCUCUCAGUGGCCUGUACAGCCCAUCACAUUGUGGCUCCAAGACUUUACAAAAAGAAGAAGAGGCCCCUGAUGCUACCAGAAGAACUAAGUCCCACUGCCAUACUCCAGGGGAAGCUUGAGGCCCUCAUCCACCUUGAUAAAAGAAAAGCUGGAGCUACUGUCAAACAGGAGGAAAAACGAGACUUUAUCCCAAUUGAUAACGAGACCAACCUGGUGCAGCUGUCGCGGACGGUGGAGGAUAUACUGACUGCUGGGAUCAUUAGUGAUGUAGAAACUGUGCCCUGGCUGAUGUCAAGUCUGGUGGACAGACUCAAACAUGUGGUUUCCAACCUCUCUCCACUGGUUCCCAAAGACUUCUACCUGCCAGCCCCUCCAGUAUAUUGUCCUCAGCCCUCGGAGGCUGACACGGAGACUGUUGGUUCCCAUGAAGCCAAGAGAGAGAGGAAGCUGCGGUUUCAAAUCUCAUCACUGGUACAGCUGAUUAUGGUUAUCAUGGAGGCCUCCCAUAUCUCUCUUCCUGCUGCACGCUGGUACAUACAGGAACUCUCAAAGGCCCAGACUAAAGCUCAACAGUUCAAGGCAACAACUGAGGGGCCCUGUAUAGAACUGCCUGAGGUCUUAGAGCAAUACAAACAAAACAAGUCAGCGUUCAGUAAGAUGCAGAAGGAGAAGUCGGUACGUCAGGUCGUCAACUGUUUCCGUGAUUUCUGUACAAUUCUGUGGCUUCUCCAUGCUCGGGACAGAAUGUCGAAACUACUGCGACAGCGAGAGGAGCGCAUGAAUGAUGUCAAAUACGAGGACUACAUGAGAGAGAGUUGGGAAUCUAAAGAAGGUGAGAGCUGGGUAAAGGAGUGCUUCAGUAGCCUACAGUGGGCUGUCCACAUGGCCGCAUUCAGCAGGUUUCUACCAGACGAGGGAUUUGUGUACAAAAUCAUUCUCUCACUACUCUCAGAACUUCCUCCAAAUGAAGAUACAGCUGACAUAUUAGCUGAGUUCUUUUAUGAUCCUGAUAAUUUGGAUGCUGAAGUUCAGGAGAAAUUGGACAAGUUGCUUGCUGUGUGGCAGGGUGUCUUUAUAGAACCUGAGGAUGAUGGAAAGUCAGCGAGGCCUGAAGCUUCUCUUGAUAACAAUGAUGAUGAAAACGAGGGCAGAAAGUCAGUUACAUUCUUACAAGUGUCACCUAGGGGGAAAAUUCUGUCUGUGUAUUUCUUCAAGCAGUGUGAAGUUGUUAUGAAAGUGAUGAAAAAGAAAGCUAAAAUCUUUGGUAAGUUUGAAGAGUUUGUAUAUGACCGGUCAGGCAAAAUCCAUAAAACUGACAGUCUGAAAAGUAACGGCCACAAAAACAAGAAUGGUUUCCAUAUUGGAUGUCGACCUUUCGAAACUAAGACGUCAUACCUGGAAUUUUUGGACAAUUUCUUCGACAUUUGCUUUACAAAGAUACUGGACACAGACACUGACCAGCACAAGUCUUUACCGUUAUUAUUGCCUUUCUCGGAAAGAGUUUGUGCAAGACAGUUUCGAGACAUGGAUGAAAAGUCGGGAACAACUAUGCACAGUCGCCAAUGUUUAGUUCCCAUGACACCAACUCACAGAGCUGUCAAACGAACACAGAGUGAGUCAGUUUUACAGUCUAAGGGCUCUAAGAUCAACCCCGACUUUUACAGAAGUGUCAGUGCAGUUGAACAUAGCACAGGGGCAGAUAACUCAUCCGGACCUCCAAGUAGCAGACGGCAGUCCUCACCACAUGGACGAGCAAAUAUGACGGACUUGGCCUCCAAAUUUGCCCAGUCUGAGGACGCCUUGUAUAAGGAUUCUACUACACAGGAGGACUCUGGGCUGUUACUUGAUGUGGACUUUGGUACCAAGUAUCACCACCUGCAAAAUCUGUUAGACUGGCUCUCUCACUGGGGAAAUAAGAAUCAUUCUCUUGGGCUAAACUGGAAGAGGGAAAAAGACUUGGAGUUUCGUCCAGUUAUGAAGAUCAACGUUCCACCCACUCUUGUUGUACUUGGUCUAUGGUUGGUUGAAAACAAGUACACUCCCUCAAAGAAAAAGGCAAGCCAUAGUUCUGAAGGACAAAACCUGUCUGUGAUUGAAGAGGACACGAUAAAGACAAACAGAACAGAUGUUGAGGCAGCAUUGAUCCAACAAACACAAGUCAAACAGGUCGAGGUAUCAACAGGGUCAAUGAGGUUAAGUAAGGACAAAAGUCAAAGGUCACCCACCAGACAGGAACUUGGUAUGUCUUCAAGUAUGAGGAGUUUCUCCUCACAUCACACAGAAAAUGAGUAUGACCUUGAGACAGAGGAAGUACACACAGCUUAUGAGAGAGUUUUAGAUGGGGACACCAAAGAAGAGAGCAGUUCCCUAGAAGUGAGUUCAUUGGGCACAGAUGAAUAUGAACCAGAAAUGCGCCAUACUCUGUCCAUCAUUAGAGGAACGAGUCCUCAAAGGUCACGAAGGUCACUUCGACACACUAGUCCUGACUACAACCUGUCCUACUUGAAUAGAAUCCACAAUUUCCAAUCCCCUGACAGACAGCGUCAGCAAUCUCCUCACACAAGCACUCCAAAGUCUCAACGGUCUAUGCGACGCACUGGCUCUCCCAGGACUAGGUCAUCUCGGGAACGUAACCAGGGAGAUUUAGGUGGAGACCUCGCCUCACAGCUACAGGGCAUAGUCAGGUCUGAACUGCGCCGAAUAAUGGAGGUCCAACACACCAACAUGCUGGCUAUGAUGGGAGCACUUGAUGAUCAGGACUAUUCCCACACCCCUCCCCCACGGCGAUAUCCUCGUAGACCACAGUCCCAGUCUCCAUCCCGCGGGGAGAGGCGGAUGACAGAGAACCGAGGCACCAGUCCAAUAAGAGGGUCGAGGGGUAAUAGCCUUGAUCGCAGCACCAUGAGAAUGGAGGAGCUUGAUCAUUCAAGCCGAUCAAGGUCAGGGAAGAAAGGAUCAGUCAGAGGAGCCCUGACAGAGUUAAAAGAUUUACAAGGCAACACUGAUAAGUCGAGGGUGCGGUCAGGAGGCAGGUCACCUUCAAGGAAAGAGAACCUUGACCAGUCAGAACUGAGACUAGGAGGGCCUGGCGGUAACAAAGAAAUAAAAGAAAACAUCAAUGUACAGAAUUCUCAGCAAUAUAGUAAUGAGCCCAUUCACUUCACUCCAAAAUUUUUACGUAUUCCAGCAGAGAGGGACAUGAAUGAAGACCAAAUACGACUUCCGAGGAUUCCCUCCCAGGCAUGGAAGGAAAAGGAUGAUGAGUAUGCAGAUAAACAAGGAGAAAACAUCAACAUUCCUCUGCUCAAUGUGCAUGGAGCACAUGUUCCAUCUAGAUUAUUCCCAGGGGUGAACAAAUUCCCUGGAGAACAGUUACCUCACUUAGCCUCACAGUAUCCCCCAUAUGGACCCCCUCCACAAUACUUCGAGAGUUACCUAACUCCAGAUCAACAGAACCAAUCUAUUGGCAUUCCAUUGUUAAAAAUGCCCAAUGAAACAAAACCGUUUUUGGGCCCUCGACCAGAACCCAGUUUCGGAAGGUUAUUGGCUCCACAUCUGAUUCUGGGUAGUGAACAAGAGAGACAUCAACAGGAGAUGGCGAAGCAGAAACAUGCCAGAGAAUUCCACAGACAGCAGGUUGAAAAUUUGGAGGAACUAGAGAAACAAAAAUUUGGGGAAAAUCUUCUCCAUAUUAAUCUUAAACACCAGGAAUUGAAAGAAAGGAAGGAAGGGGAGGCAAAAGCAAGGAAAAAACAGAAAAAUAGAGAUGUCAUCUCAAGGUCUGAAUCUCUGGAAUCUGAUACGAGACGUGCUAGAACACCAAGGAAGGUUGUUACUCCAAGAAAGGUUGUCACCCCAAGGAAAUCUGUCACCCCUCGUGACAGAAGCAAAGAAGGUGAGGAGGAGGAAGAAUUAGAGGAGGAAGAAAGUACAGAUGUUAUGGAGACUGGUGAGGAUGUAGAUGAAUCCCUAGAAGAGGAUGACGAGCCAGAAAGAAUUCAUGAUGGUUAUGCUAUUAAACCAGGGUCAUUUGAUAACUACCUUGACCUUGAUGAGAAGCUGGGUCCAGAGUCUGACACAAAUGCCAGGAUACAGUACAGAACAGCAAUGAUCCUGAAAAGACAGCGACAGAAACGCAAAAAGGUUGACUUCUCUACGAACACCACAGAGUAUGCUGAUAUUGGUAUUGAUGCUGAUGAAGCAUUUGAGAGUGUCAGGACUGCAGAGGCAGCAACCUCUAUCACCAAAGAUACAGGUGUUGACCCGAUCCAGGAAGCUAUAGUUGAGUACAAUCGGGCACGACAAGGUACUGCACUACCUCCAGACAUCUAUAUGGGACUGCGGUUCGGGGACGGUGAGAACCAACCUAUGUCAGAUGUGGCACCUGACGGAAAGCAGGGUAAACCUAAGGGCCGUUCAUACCUCAAUGUGGUUGAUUUGGAUGCGGCAGCUGUCCUUAAAGAUCUCCGAGCCAUCAGAGACGAGGAGAAGGUACAGGAAGAUUUGAGUCUACGUCCUACCUCUGAAACACUCAUGUCUGCACGAGGUCAUCAACAAGGCCAAGAGUUUAGCAAUCUAGAAUCAUCACUUAGAGAAGCUUUGGAGCCACGAGCACCAGUCCGACCAUUCAAGCAGGAUGCAGUUACUGUCAGUAUGUUCCAGCAGCACAGUGGUCCUGUUGGAGAAAGGGUGUCUGUGGCAGUUAUGCCACGUGACAGUGUUGUGGACACACGUGCCGGUAUUAUACAACGCCUGCGGGACAUGAACAGCCAGGCACUAGCUAUUGACCAAAUGUCCACCAAAAUUGAGAGAGACUUCCAGACAACUCACAUGAUGCUAGACACAUUAGAGAACUUGGUGGAGGUUGAAGAGCCUCAAGAGAGGGACAGGAGCCCCUCCCCAUCUGGUAAGGCCAGUGCUAGGUCCGGAACUGUCAGUUCCAGGAGUCGUAGUCCUGGACCAAAAAUGUCACACAGGUCACCGGAGGCUACAGCUCGCUCAUCAAGUCGUAGUCCCGGUCCUAAAGUAUCUCACAGGUCGCCAGAGGCUACAGCACGAUCAGCACGGUCAGCACGGUCGACUGCUCUCUCAGACAGGAGGAGCCGAGGUGGGGAAAGCCCUGAUAUGGUUCGAAUGUCUGGGCUCUCCGGCAUUAGUGACAUCAUCGGAGACAUGGUCCAGCGAGGUGAAAUUGACUUGGAAGAUGCAGGUUACACACCCAAGGAGGCAGAGGAGUUUGCCAGGAAGGUCAAACUAAGUGUGAGGAGUGGUCAAUCACCAGACAGAGAUCUCGUACAGAAAAGCCUCGAGUUACUGGAAAAAAUGGGUGACAAGGUGAAGUCUGGAAAGGAUGAGGAAGAUGCAGAGAGGAAGGAAGAAAUCAGGUCAUGGAUGAAGGACAAAAGAAUUGCUCGUCAGGAAGAAUACUUAAACAAGCUGGCAGAACUGCGGGAGCAAGAACAUAACCCCUUCAAACCAAGCCAAGAUACUAGUUUCAGGGGCCCUGCAAAUGAAUUGAAAAAGGAGAGGAAGGCAACUGGAAAAGGAAAUAUGGACAAACGUCUUGAGGAGGCCCAAAGUCUUAUCGCAGACAUCAUCACUGACAAGCCUAAACUCCCAAAACAAGUUCCAGGUCGAGAAAUAAGUCCCAAGCGAAGUCGAUUGGCCAAGGCUAAAAUGGACUACAGUCCACAACGCAAAGCUAUGACCCCAACACAGCCAAUAAGACAGGUUAGUCCCAAACGACAGCCUGUCCAACAUUCUCCAGAUCGCAGAGACACCAGUCCUAAGAGGCAAACUGUUACUAUAACAACAGACCUGCCCACAGAGUACAGGCCAGGUGUGACACAGAGUAGUAGGCGUAUAGCCCAUGAUGACCUGCCAGCCAACCCUGUCAAGAGACAGGGAAUCAUGAAGCCUACAAGGGACUACAGUCCUCCAGAGGUCUCACGGGUACCCCCAGGAGUCCCAAGGCUGCAGCUGAUAGAUUCGGGAGAAAUGUUACAUAAAACCAUGGAAACCACAGGUGGUGAGAUAUCAGCUUAUGCCAAGGCUGUUGAGGAAAUGGAGGGUACUAAAAGUGAUGAUAUGUUUAUGUCCGAACGCUUCGUGCCUUCGCCUGAGCCACAACGUCAGUACAAACCAAAGCCAUUCCACAAGAUGGUUAGGGUCCAGAGACCAGAAAUGACAAGGAAGUACCGCCAGGCCAAGUUAGCCCCUGUGGUCACAGAGGCUGACAUCCAAGAUUACCAGGAUGAUGACCUCGCCACGUCUAGAUCUAUGAAUGAGUCAAAGGAACUGACGAUACAGGAAAGACAGAAAAUUUAUGGUUCUAAGAGAUUACCAGCUCCAAGUCGAAUCCCUGUCGCCUCCCCACGAACUGUAAAGACCUAUACAGAGCGACUGCAGGAGAUGAAGUCUAAACAGCCAGCCUUCACUCAACCCAUAAUGCCACGCUCUCACCGACCAGGAGGAGGCUCAGUGAGGAGUUCCCAGGUGACUAGUGGAUCGCGGAAGAAGACUGGACCACCACACAAGCCACUCAGCUACGUUGAGCGGCUACAGAAACUCAGUGAGGGUACUCACAAACCAAGAGCUGCCAGUGGAAGGGUGAAGACUGCCACUUUCAUGAAGUCCCACAAGCCAAUUCACAGACCAAUGACUUAUGCAGAACAACUGCAGUCCUUGCAGCCUAAACCAGUUAAGAAGAUCUCACAAGCAAGAGGGCAGACUCGAAUACGUCCCUACGCUGACCCAUACAGAACGGAAAUACCUGGAGAGGGAGACUCUGUACUCAGUGACUGGUCAGUGGAUGACAAUGUCAAACAUUUGCUGUACGAGGAUGACGCUAGUUCAGCAAUGCCAGGCCAUUCUGUUGACUACGCGAUGUCACGAAUGUCCGGUGUUGACUACCCAAUGUCUGAAGGAGUUUCCGAUUACUAUGAUGUGAUUAUGGACAGUAAUGAGUAUGUGGAGUCUGUAGAUAUUGACGAGAUCAACAAGAUUGCUUAUGCUGCGUCUGUGAGCUCCGGUAGUGUUAUGAGUGUGAUCGACUGGGAUGCCAUUGACAACCUCAUCUCAGACGUCAAGUAGAGAUGUGACAAGCCAAGAUUAGUGUGAAUUUUUAUCUAAGUGUAGUUUCAUAUAAACUUGGUCAUCUCGGGUUCAAACCAGCGGGAGUGGCUACAUAUAUAGUCUGAUUACACAAUUAAAAAAAAGAUGGUUUACAUGUGUAGAAAACUGCUAGAGGACUUAUGGAUAUGAUGAAUAAAUAUAUAGGGUAGAAGAAUGGCAUCUUGUGACACACACUAAAUGUUGACACUUGUCUCUUGUCAACAAUUUGGUGUUCAUAUCGGGUGAAAAAGCUAUCUGUGAUAAUACAAGAUACGAUAGACAUAUCAUAUAUAUGAUAUAGUACCUGUACUGGAUAAGAUGUAUGUUUCAGUGUAUGUUUAUGAUGUAUAUAUAUGUUUGUAUAUAUGUAUGUAUGGAUGGAUGUGUGUUGACGUUUGUUUUGUGGUAGAUGUUAUGAUAAAUAACCAUUGGAUUUUACAUCUGUAAAAUGUUCAUUAGAAGCUGUGUAAAGUGAUCCAUCAUAACCAGUUCAGCUUUUCGUUUAAGUUCUUCAUCUUGGAUUUUAAAUUGAAUGUAUAUUUCUUAGUAAUCUGUAUUAUAUAUUACAGAGUAUCGUUGAAUAUUUAAGCAGUAGAUUCCGUCCUUUUUUGGUGUUUUAUUGCUUCAAAGUUUUGUUCAUUCCGUCCUUGUUUUGAAGUUUAGAACCAUAUUUUUGCAUCAAUCAUGUUUGAAAAAUCACAUUUCAUACAUUACGC